UCCCUUAUGCUUAUAUAAAUAAUAGACAUCACAUUUGAUCAAAACAGAUAUAAUCAGCUGAAUCAAGCUGUGUUGAGGCGAAACAAGAAAGAUCGCGCUGAUUGACUCGACUGUUGUUGGAACUCAAAUUUCAUCAAUGGCAAAUGCAGCAGCAUAUAAAGAGCUCACACCUCCUUUCUACUGGCUUGAGGAUUCAAGCAGUCAUUAUCUCAUUCUUGAUCUUCCUGGGUUCAGAAGGGAGGAAAUAAAGGUUGAAGUCGAUAAUGAAGGCCAUAUAAACAUAAGUGGAGAGAGGAAGAUGAAUGAAAGCGAGUAUAUCUUCUUUAAGCAAUCUUUCAACCCACCUGAGAAUUCAAGACCUGAAACUGCCACAGUAUUGCUUGAAGACGAUAUUCUCUACGUAAGCAUCUCGAAACAAGCAACAGAGAAAGAAGGCGAAAAAAUUCCACCUGGGAACCCUGUUCAAGAACAGAAUCAGCAAAACCAGUCUAACACAUCGAGUGAUGAAAUAGAUUCAGAACACGAAAAUGACAAAAACAGAUACGGCAGCUGUUGUUCAUCUGACGAAGAAGACGAAGAAGAAGAAUUUCAUGACGCGAAAGCAAUGCAUAACCUGAAACAGGAGACAAUAUUGCCAAUGGGAGCAGACAAGCUGAGAAGGAACAGCAUGAUUGUAACAGUCGUUAUCCUGGCAAUUUCUUUAGGUGUUUUAGUCAUUCAUAAUAAACCCACUGCAAUGAACUAUGAUUGAAUUCAACAAAAAGUGCCAUUUUCAGAUAUAUAUUCUCAUCAUCAUCAUGUAAAGGAUGCAUAGCCAACAAGUUCUGAGCCUGCAAUGCAAAAUGCUUUGCCA